GCAACGACUGCGGUGGAGAUGCGGCCUCGCCUCGGGGCCACCUGUUUGCUGGGCUUCAGUUUCCUGCUCCUCGUCACCUCCUCUGAUGGACAUAGUGGGCUUGGAAAGGGUUUUGGAGAUCAUAUUCAUUGGAGGACACUGGAAGAUGGGAAGAAAGAAGCAGCUGCCAGCUGGAGCUGGGCCUCCUGCCAAGGACUGUUUCCAUAGAAACAAGAGGUCCCGUAAGAGUCAAAGGAGGCGGGAAACGCACCUUGCACUUCCGGUCUGCGCCGGAGACGCGAGUAACCCGGAAGUGGACGCGGCGCGGUUACGUGUGGUCUCUCCCCGGGAGGAUGCCGCUGGUGGUGUUCUGCGGGCUGCCGUACAGCGGCAAGAGCCGGCGAGCGGAAGAGCUGCGCGGGGCGCUGGCGGCCGAGGGCCGCACGGUGCACGUGGUGACCGACGCGGCGGUGCUGGGCGCAGAGGACGCCACCGUGUACGGCGACUCUGCUCGUGAGAAGGCGCUGCGCGGGGCCUUGCGAGCCUCCGUGGAGCGGCGCCUGAGCCGCCACGACGUGGUCAUCCUGGACUCGCUGAACUACAUCAAGGGCUUCCGCUACGAGCUCUACUGCCUGGCGCGGGCGGCGCGCACCCCGCUGUGCUUGGUCUAUUGCGUGCGGCCCGGCGGCUGGAGCGGGGGGUCUCGGGUGGCCGGCGCGGAGGAGGACCGGGGCCGGAACGUCAGUGUGAGUUGGAGGCCGCGCCUUGAGGAGGGCGGGAGACCGCAGGCGGCGGGCACUGCUGUCCCAAGGGAUCUUCACGCAGCGGGCUCUGUAGUAAACGGAAGAGCCCGGGCCGACGGACCUGAGGAACAGGAGCCGGAGGGAACCGGGGCCACAGAUUCUCCCGCUCUCGUGCCUCCAGCAUCCGAGAGCUCUGAAAAGCGUGUGCCCAGUGCCUUUUACCCUCUCGAGCUCCUGGAGGCCCUAUCUCUGCGCUUUGAGGCUCCGGACUCGAGGAACCGCUGGGAUCGGCCUUUGUUCACCUUGGUGGGCUUAGAGGAGCCAUUGCCCCUGGCGGAGAUCCGGGCUGCCCUCUUCGAGAACCGGGCUCCCCCGCCCCAUCAGUCUACGCAGUCGCAGCCCCUCGCCUCCGGCAGCUUUCUGCACCAGUUGGACCAGGUCACCAGCCAAGUGUUGGCCGGACUGAUGGAAGCGCAGAAGAGCGCUGUCCCCGGGGACUUGCUCGCACUUCCUGGCACCACGGAGCACCUGCGGUUUACCCGGCCCUUGACCAUGGCCGAACUGUGUCGCCUCCGUCGCCAGUUUAUUUCCUUUACUAAAAUGCAUCCUAACAACGAGAACUUGCCUCAGCUAGCCAACAUGUUUCUUCAGUAUCUGAGCCAGAGCCUGCAACUAACCUGAGAGGGUAGGGGGAAGCCAUGACUCCUGUCUAACCCCCACUGCACUUUGUUUCUCUGGGAAGAAUGGUCUGAAGGUCUGCGGAGUGUAUUGAUGGGCUCUACUAGAGCUGUUGGGGCUGAAUUACUCAAACUUUCCUGACUGCUUCUGUGCCAGUCCUUAAGUUUACAGCAUAAGUUGCUACUAGAGAGAGAGCUUCGAAGAUCCUGGCACAUUACUGCAGACAACAGAACCCAGUUGGACAGGGAUUGCUUAGAUUGGAUUCUACUUGGGAUGUCACACACCGCUGAUUUCCCCUCAUUUGAGGUGUGGGAAAGCAGUCUGGAUGGAUGAGAAUUGUUUAAAAACAAUUGUGAGAAGAAAUUGAAGAUGGCACAAUUUUGGCUGCACCUGCCGUUUUUUUUAUGCCACAAACAUUUUUUGAUUGCCGUGCUUAGUUUUUGCUAAUCUCUAUUCUGAGACUAGCGGUUUACAGAUAAAUUCAUUGGUUUCUGUUCUUGGGAAGCUUUGGUUUUAUGAGAGUGAAAGACAUCACCGUUAGAUUAUUUUCUCUAAUAAAAUAUUUUAAAGAGUCUA